AUGGACAUGGACCUCCUCACUAAGCACAUCAACGAGGUAUGGGAAUCCAGCGAAAUCCCGCUCGCGUGGCACGAAGCCGCCAUCGUGCUCACACCUAAGCCGGGCAAACCCCUUGAGCUCGGCUCACCCAGGCCCAUGUCCCUCACCUCGUGUGUGGGCAAGGUGGCUGAGCACGUCAUUCUCAAACGGGCCACGAAACAUGCGGAAGAGAAACACCUCGUCGCUUUUAAUCAAAUAGGCUUCCGCCCGUCCAUGUCGACACAGGACGUCAUGCUUAUUCUGAAGCACAAGAUCUUAACGGGGUCUCCAGCCACGAAGGAACAGUGGACCACUCUCCUCAAAAGUUCGAAAGAGGAAGAUCAACUUCGGGCUGUCCAGAGAGCCCACGACAUGGCCGUAGAAUUCCACCUCCCGGUCCCGCCGUGGACGCGGCCCGUGGACGAGCCCCCUUAG